AACAAAGCUACAGCUCACCCAUACUACGUCCGACCUCAUUCCGCCGGCGGGCGCCAUCUUUUCAUUAUAGCUGACUUAGUAGAAGGUUUCCAUUUCAGCGCGUCUGUCACCUCCGGAUUAGCUGCACUAACGCAUUUUUGCCCAUGGCAAAUCCAGUGGAGUCACUGACGUCCAUUGAUUCAUCAGUGACGACGCCAUCCACCAAACGUCAAGUUCAGAUCUUCCGAGAUGAGAUUCCGUCUAUUCUCAGUCGUUCAGAAAUGACGACCGAGAUUGCAUCUGUGUUGAUAGAUUUAAUUUUCAAGACUUUAUUUAUUUAUGACGACCGAGGAUCGAUGAAAGCAGUGGAUGAUGUGGUCAUAAAAUGUUUGAGACAAGUAGCAUUUAUGAAGAGUUUUGCAGCAACCCUUGUACAGGUUAUGGAGAAGAAUGCGAAGUUUCAGUCACAUGUAGUCUGUCACAGGCUUUUGAAGUGGUCCUGUUUACUCAUCACUGAAAGCGAGUUUAGCUUAGCAUCAAAAAAUGCAUUUUCUAGAGUAGCUCAAGUGCAGGCAUCAGUACUUCAUAUUGGUAUGCAAGGAUCACCUCGUGUUAGAAGAGCAUGCAAACAAAGCAUUUUCUUUUUGUUUUCAAAGUCACCACACCUUUAUGAAAGUUAUAUGGAAGAACUUGAGAAUUCAAGGAUCCCAUAUAAAGAUUGUCCUGAUAUUCUAUUGUUGAUGCUCGAAUUUUCAACACCCAACCCCUCUCUAUGUGAUAAAUGGAAGCAACUCUAUCUUGAUAUGUACACUAAAUCAGUUCUAAAUGCAAAAGAAAAGCCACCAAAAGACCUCUGUCAGGCCUUCAUUCCAUUAUUUGCACAUCUGUCUCAUGAAGAUUUUCAAAAUACUGUCAUCCCACUGUCUGUCAAGAUGUUGAAACGAAACCCGGAGCUUGUUUUGGAAUCAGUUGCUGUCCUUAUGGAAUCGGCCAGGCUUGACUUGAGCAAAUAUGCUCUUCAGAUUCUUUCAGUUGUGUUAACACAGGCAAGGCAUACAGACGGAGAAAGAAAAACAACUGCCUUAUCUAUAAUUCGAUGCUUGAGCACAAAGUCAAGCAGUCCAGAUGCUCUAGAAGAAAUGUUCAAAGCAGUCAAAUCUGUAAUUGGAGGAUCGGAAGGAAGGCUUACAUUUCCCUACCAGAGAGUUGGUAUGAUCAAUGCACUGCAAGAAAUGUCAAAUGCCCCUGAAGGAAAAUAUUUUACUAGCUUAUCAAGGACGAUUUGUAGCUUUCUGUUGUCCUGUUACAAGGAUGAUGGUAAUGAAGAAGUAAAGCUUGCAAUUUUGGCUUGUUUUGCUUCUUGGGUGUCUAGAUGUGCUGAUGCCAUUGAGCCAGAUGUUGUUUCAUUCAUUACUGCUGGGCUCAGAGAGAAGGAAACAUUGAGGAAAAGCCAUCUUCGCUGUGUUCGACUGAUUUGCAAAAACGUUGAUGCUGUUCCUCGGAUUUCAUCUUUGCUAGCACCUCUUCUCCAGCUUGUUAAAACAGGGUUCACCAAAGUAGCGCAACGACUGGAUGGGAUUUAUUCACUUUUUUGUGUGGCAAAAAUUGCUGCCAUAGAUGUUAAAGCAGAUGAGACUGUAUCAAAGGAAAAUAUUUGGUCAUUAAUAUCACAGAACGAACCUUCGCUGCUACCAAUUUCAAUGGUCUCAAAAUUAUCAACUGAGGACUGUAUGGCAUGCCUUGACCUUUUUGAGACCCUUCUGGUCGAACAUCCCCACAGCAGGAUUCUGGAGACUUUUCCUGCAAGCACAUUUGUACAGUUCAUACUGUUUGUACUUUGUCAUCCAAGUUGGGCUGUCCGGAGUUCAGCUCAUGGUUCCGUUAAAAAGGUCAUUGCUGCUACCCCGCAGUUAUCUGAAUCUAUAAUGCUUGGCUUUUACAAUUAUCUCUCAACGGUUGGUGAAAAGAUUCUUCUUUUGAAGACAGGUGAUACAGACAGCUCAUUGGAUAACCAAGCUCCAACUAUACCAUCUGUUGAAGUUUUGGUGAAAGCUUUAGUUGCCUUAUCACCCGCAACUUUAUCUGUUGUGCCACACGUAUGCGUGCAAAUUUUGCUUUGCUCUCAUCAUCCAUGUCUCAUUGGUUCAGCUAAAAGAAGUGCAGUAUGGAGGAGGGUGCAGAAGUGUUUGCAGAAACAAGGGUUUGAUACUGUUAAUCUCUUUACCUCUGACGUUGCCGGCUUAUGUCAGGGUUUGCUUGGCUCUAGAGGCCUGAUGAGUGGAAAUCAUUUUGAGCAAGAAGCGGCAAUAAACUCAUUUUUCACUCUUAUGUCUAUAAUUCCUGGAGAAACUUAUGCCGAAUUUGUUAAGAACUUCAACAACCUUCCAGAUCGUCAUGCACAUGAUAUGUUUUCAGAACAUGAUAUUCAGAUCUUCCGUAUUCCUGAAGGGAUGCUCUCUACGGAGCUUGGUGUUUACAUAGCUGAAUCCGUUUCAGCCAAGAACACAAAGCAACCAAAAGGCCGUUUUCGUGCCUAUGAUAGCAAUGAUGACAUGGAAAAAGAAAAUUCCAAUCGUGUGCCAAAAUUUGAGACUUCUAGCAAAGAUAUGCCUGUUGUCGGAAAAAAAGAU